AUGGUUACGUUUGUUUUGCUCGAGGCGGAGAAUCAUUCCAGCCUUAUGGAGCUUAUCGAAUAUGCAACCAUCAAAUCCAUGAAAUUCACUGUGGCAACAGAUGUUAACAAAUUGCUACCGACCUGCAACGGCGAUACCACGGAGAGGGCACAACUCGCUACAGAAACCAAUUCCUGUACAGGGGAUUCGAUCGUAACUAACACAAAUGUCAACAAAGCCACUGAACCCUCGUCACAUGCAAAUGAUGGUAGAGGCAGUGAACCGGGAACGAUUUCGGCCGCCUUAUUACUGGAGGAAUCAGCAACCGCGCAGUUCCAUAACGUGAAGAAGGAAACAAACGAUGCGAUCGAUAGUUGGGAAAAUGACGCCGCGUUUGUGAUUGGAACUAAUCACGAUACUGUUACAUGGUCAGCUGGAAGUUCACAUGAGAGAGAACAUCUCAAGGAUGGCGAUACAUUAAACUCAGAGACUAUAGAUUGGUCAACUGUUACCCCAGUGCUAGAAGCGGUUGAAAAAGCGCAAAGUGGCGAUAUACCGGAUAUAGUGAACGCUACAUCGCAACUAUCACAACUUACGGUAUCUGUGGCUAUGGUGUGCUCUUCGUUGAUACAACAAAUGUACAGCAUUAAAAGAAAUUUUAUUGCUUUACAAUGUCAAGUAUCGAAAAAGGUGGACACCAACUAUAAAUCAGCUCAAGGACUUAAGUUUUGCUUGGACAAUCAACGACAACAUUGGAUUCUCCCAGCACAUCCUCCUUUCGUGGAACUAGACAUGACCAAUGAACUACGACAUUUCACCCCGCCCACUCGAGCAGCGAGCCGUGAAUAUCUCGUCAUGAUCGAUUUUUUCCGAAGAGUGUUAUUAAAGCUUCACUCAAAUCCACCAGAAAUUCGUAGGUACGCGGUGCGAUUACAAAAUUUCGGCAGGGAUUCUUUAUUGGAUCUACCCGAGGAGAUCGUGCAAUUCUUCAUAAACUUCGCUCUGGAUGGGCUAGGCCUAAGAGCAGAUGAGCUGAGACGAGGCCAGAAAGAACUACUAAUAGGAUCGAACAAUGAUUUCUGGAUACGUCUCGGAGCUGACGACAACGCCCGCGAAAAAGAAUGGGAUCGUCGGAUGGAAUUGUUGGGCUCGUGGCCAAGUCAUGCUAGAGCGGCUGUAUCUCAAGCGAUGGAAGAUGUACGGCGAUAUGUGGUGAUCGACGGGAAAUUGCGACCUCCACCUAAACGAGCCGCUGAAAGAGCGUCAUCUAGCCGAAGUGCAAAACAUGCUCGAAGCGAAGAAAACGACGAUGAUGAUCUGGAUAUGGAUGUGAAAGGAACAACGUAA